GGCGCCAUUUUCUAGUUCAUUGAAUAAAAGAGGUUUGGCGGCGGUGGGAGUUGCUGACCGGUACGGGUUCGAGCUUAUUAAUAAGUAGGUAAUUACCGGCGAUUUAUAAAGGACGAAAAAGAAAAUUUUGUUGCCAUGUCAGCUACCCCGGCCCAGAAACAGUCGCGGGCCAGUGCGGCCCAAACGCCCCUGAGCCCGACUCGGAUCACCCGCAUUCAGGAGAAGGAAGACCUGAAGAACCUCAAUGACCGCCUGGCUACCUACAUCGACAAAGUGCGCUCGCUGGAGUGCGAGAAUAGUGUCCUGCAGCUGAAGAUCUCCGAGAAGGAAGAGGUGACGACCCGGGAGCUGACCGGCAUCAAGACCAUCUACGAGACUGAGUUGGCGGACGCCAGAAGGCUGCUGGAUGAGACAGCCCGAGAAAAAGCUAAACUGCAAAUUGAGCUGGGCAAGACCAAGACAGAGCUGGAUGAGCUGAACAAAAAUUAUAAGAAGAAAGAUAGUGACCUGACAUCUGCCCUUGCUCGGUUGAAAGAUUUUGAGCAGACCUAUCACAAAAAUGAAGCGGCACUUAACACUGCUCUUAGUGAAAAUCGUCGUUUGGAAGCAGAGGUGGAUGAAUUGCGUUCACAGCUUGCUAAGGCUGAAAGCUCCCUGGCUGCUGCCAAAAAACAAUUGGAAGGAGAAACAUUGAUGCGAGUUGACCUAGAAAAUCAGUGUCAGAGCCUAAGUGAGGAACUAGCAUUCAGGAAAAACGUGUUUGAAGAGGAAGUGCGUGAGACUAAGAAGAGACAAGACCGUCGAAUAGUGGAAGUAGAUACUGGGCGAAGAAUUGAUUAUGAGUCCAAAUUGGCUGAGGCUCUUCAAGAGCUGCGAAAGCAGCAUGAAGAUCAAGUGCAACAGUACAAAGAAGACCUGGAGCAAACUUUCCAAGCUAAGUUGGAAAAUGCCAAGUUAGCAUCUGAUAGAAAUGACAAAGCUAUUGGAACAGCACGGGAAGAGCUACAAGAGGCCUAUCAUAGGAUUGAGAGUCUCAAUUAUCAACUUGGAACUCUGCAGAAACAGUCUGCAGCUUCCGAGGCUCGAAUUAGGGAGUUGGAAGAACUGCUUGCAGGUGAUCGUGAUAAAUACCGUAAAAUGCUCGAGGCAAAAGAUCAGGAAAUGGCUGAGCUGAGGGAUCGCAUGGAAUUGCAGUUGCAAGAAUAUGAGGACCUCCUUGAUGUUAAACUGGCCCUUGACAUGGAAAUUCAAGCCUAUCGCAAACUCCUGGAAGGUGAAGAAGAGAGGUUGAAGCUGUCUCCAAGUCCCUCCUCUAAAGUGACAGUGUCCCGUGCUACUUCUAGCAGUGCUGUUCACACAUCUCGUGCCAAACGAAAGAGGGUAGAAAUGGAAGAGCCCAGAGAAAGCAGUCAUGUAAAACAAACACACUCAAGCAGUGGCUUUAUCGUUAUUGAACCAAUUGAUCUUGAGGGAAAGUUUGUCUGUCUCAGCAAUAAUUCUGAGAAGGAUCAACCACUUGGGGGAUGGAGACUGAAAAGGCAAAUUGGAGAUGGGGAGGAAAUAGUCUACAAGUUCACUCCCAAAUACACCUUGAAGGCUGGACAGAAAGUUAAAAUUUGGAGUGCAGAUGCUGGUAAAGCGCACAGCCCUCCUACUGACCUUCUGUGGAAGAGUCAGAGUUGGGGCACUGGAGAUGACAUCAAGACUGUCCUUGUCAACUCUGAUGGAGAGGAAGUUGCAGUGAGAACUCUUCAAAAAACUUACCAUGAAGAUGUUGAAGAGGAGCCUGAGUAUGGAGAAGAAGACCUUUUCCAUCAACAGGGUGACCCAAGGACCACAUCUCGUCAAUGUGCAGUCAUGUGAUCAUCAAAAAUGCUCCAUUUUCUUCCCAGAAGUGGGAAUAUUUUAUCCUGAGUUACUUUGUCCAGAGCCACUGAAAAAUAUUUUUGUACGCAAUAUUUUCUUUAAACAUUUUGAGAUCAUUCAGUUUUGGUAUUUUAAUCCAUUGUUUUAUUCUGUAAAACCUGAGUUCUGAAGGGGUUUUUAUAGAUCACUUAACACCCAAAGUGGUGGUAAUGGGACAUUAUCAAUUUUACAUGGGCUUUUGAGGGAGAAGAAAAACUAUUUAGCCAGAUGGCCUUGGUCUAUAUUUGUCAGGUAUAGAUGGAAAGUUGGUUCAGUACAUCCAGGGCUUAGCCGUAGCACUGCAUCACGGCCUGUGUUAAUCAGAAUUUGGUUAUUCUGCAGUUUUUCAAACCCAAAGGGUUGUUGUAAAAACUCCACCAAAUUGGUGUUAACUUAGUAACCAAACAAAGUUAAUAUUGUUAGUGGUAUGAAACUCCUUCAUAACUGCCUCGGAGUAUUCUGAACUCUAUUGCAGAAGUAUUGGGUGUUUUGGAGAAAUGGGCUAUAAAGAUUUCUACUUUGAUCCUGCCCAAAAAUGCUGUGUUUGGCUAUUCUGUACAAAAAUGCUGCAUGGAUUUGUAAGAAUUUGUAUAAUUGAGAGGAGGCUUACCUUUUUGGGCAUUGCUUUCACUGAUCUGGCGAUGAGAAAUUAAUUUUAAUUGGAUGAAUUAGGAAUCAUGUUAUUGAAGUGUAAAUGUUGCAUGAAAAACAGCAGAAUACACCAAGCUUUUUAAUUUUUUCGAGCAUCAGUGCUGCAUGUAAUCAUUUAUGUUCUCAUGUUAAACUUUGUACUUAAACCUUGUAUCUUCCAUUAUUUAAGUUAGUACCUUGAUAAUUUGGAAUCUUACUAGCUAAUGCUAUUGAGUAUAUUUACUGGCUGGUUUAUCGAUAUUUUGGAUGGUGGCUUAUGGAAGUUUUUUAUUUGCUGAUGGCUGGUUAGUAUUUAAUAAAUGACAGUAAUUUGUAGUAGAGCUUGCUUGUUUUAGAGGCUAGUUAGAUUGACCUUCAGAUAAAAGUAACCAGGAUUUUGAGGGUGGGGUGGGGGGAGGAAAUGUUUCGCAGCACUGAAACAAAUUAAAUUUUAACCUGAGGACAAUUUACCUAGCAAUUGUAGUAGGUGUUUUAAUUUGCUCAGUUUUAAUUUCUCUUUUAAUCAUUUGGCAUCGUAACUAAACAGAUGUAAGAUUCUAGAAAAGUGAGAUUUUCUUUAGGUAGUACAUUUCAUUUAAACCAGAGAAGUGUGUUCCUUCAUAACUGAGGUUUUCAAUAAUUCGUAUUAUUUGGGAAUCUCAAUGAAACUGCAGUUAAAAAGAUCUGCAGCUAACUGUUGAAUAUUCACUCCUGUAUUAUUUUUAAAUUUGUUUAUUUUUUGAGUGGGGAGCUGUUUUAGGCAGAGGGAAUGUUACAUAUAUUGUCCACCCCAACCCUUGUGAUUUUAUGUAUCAUAUAUGAUUUAAAUAACAAAUUUUAUGCUUGUAUCACUUAAACUUUUAGCAUUGUUUCUCAAUGAUUUUUAAAUGGACUGAGCACCUGUUAAUGAGGAAUGUUGAGAUUGAAUGAUGGAAUUCCUUUUGAAUCCGUAAGGUUGAUUUAGUAGGCUUCUUAAAACGUGAAUUAUAAUUAUGUAAUGUGAAAUUGUCCUCUAUUAGAAGUUGGUGAGCAAUUUAUAACCUGGGAAACAAUGUUUAAAAAUGUGCUUUUGCUUUUAUAUUAAACUUAAUUGAACUAUAAUGUUUGGUCUUAAAAAUCAUGUGCACAUUGACUGUUAAAUGAUCAAUUUACUGGUAAAAUCAUGAUAUGCAUUGCUGUGAUUAUUUUCCUUUUAAAUCUUUUUAAAAGGUUUUGUUGCAAGGUUUCUGGUGUUUCCCUUGUAAAAUUAAACACUUUCCACUGAUUAAAAAGAAACCCACAAAGCAAAUGUGAAAUUUGUUUUCUUAUUUGAAAUUUUUCAUUAAAGCAUAGACCAAGAUGACAGAUCUAUGCUCUCUUCCACUGGUGUAUGCAUGAGUGCACUCCACUCUUUGUGCACUCUACAAAUUUUCCAAAUAGCAUAUUAACUUGUAAUAAAGCUUCAGAUAGCAAGGGAAUUAAGAUUCCCAUGAAACAGAUUUGUCAAUUUACAAAAUUUAAAACUUGUUACUAGUCCAUAUUCGGAGAGAAUGUCAAGAAUUGCACAUUCGUUUGCAUAAUUAAUGUGAAUUUUUGAACAGUAGAAUAAAACAGUGUGAACAGAGCUAUUUCUGUCACAUUCAUUUGAGAUAAAUUCACCAGGUACAGUAAUUUGUUGAGUGAAUUUGAUUUGUAGAUUUUUUUUAAUCCUACAUUACCAAUGAUAUCAGUGUGUAAUGAUAAUUCUGGAAAUGGGCAUUAAAGUAUCAAUUACUUUCAAUGAAGUGUUACUCCAAAGAAAAUCCAACUGUACUAAACAAAAUCCAUAGAAUUAUAAGCAAAACACAAAAUGCUGGAGGAACUCAGCAGGCCAGGCAGCACCUAUGGAAAAGAGUGAACAGUCUGAUGGGUCUCAAUCCAAAACGUCGAUUGUUUACUCCUUUCCAUAGAUGCUGUCUGGUUUGCCGAGUUCCUCCAGCAUUGUGUGUGUGUUGCCUGGAUUUCAAGCAAGUGCAGAUUUUUUCUUGUUUGCCAUAGAAUUAUAAUACUGUUUUUGUUCUGAUAUAUCAGUGAAUUUUAGCUUGCCCAUAAAAUAAAGUAUCUUGAUUGUCCAUAAAAAGUAAUUUUGCAUUUGAUUUCCUAUAUUGAGUUGAAGAAUGUAAAGAGUCUUGAAACGCCAAUAAGCUGGACACUGUCACUGAGGUGUUUUGCUGUAUGGAGAUGCCAUGCCAAAAAGCAAAAGUUCUGUAAUUUGUAAACAUUUUAUAACUGGAAAUUUUAUGAACAUUCAAUAAAUAUGG